CGAUUGCUAACCUUGAAAAGUAUGUUAAUGUUAUUGAAAUUUGAUUCAAAGUUAUCAGCGAAUUAAAAUUGUUAAUGGACCACCAUCUAAUUAAAACAUUCUAGAUUACAUUACGAUUCCAAUCUUAUAUCUUGCUCAAUUUUUGAUAUAAUUACCGUCUUUUGAUAGCGAUUAUCAAUUCCAGAACAUCAAAACCGCUAAAAUGCAUAAAAGAGUAAUUCCUAAUGAUUUUGAUGAAUCAAAGACUGCAGAACUAUGUCUAAAUUUAUACAGAAACUCUUUGAAAUCAAAAGAUAUGAAUUACGAUGGAACUCACUUUGAAAGUCAGUGUCCUCAUGUUUUCGUAACUUUAGGGGCUUCCGGUGAUCUAGCUCGUAAAAAAAUUUAUCCUACUUUGUGGUGGCUUUUUCGUGACAAUCUUUUGCCUCCAAAUACCGUUUUCUUUGGGUAUGCUAGAUCGAAGACUUCUAUUAGUGAUAUUAAAGAAAAAUGUGAGCCUUAUAUGAAUGUUAAACCAAACGAGAAACAGAGGUAUGAAGAGUUUUGGAAAUUAAAUAGUUAUGUAUCUGGACAGUAUAUAUCUAGGACUGAUUUUGAGCUUUUAAAUCAAGAAAUAGAGAAAUUUGAAAAAGUGCCUGUUGUGAAUAGAUUAUUUUAUUUAGCAUUGCCACCGUCUAUUUAUGAAGAUGUUACUGUUCACAUAAAGAAUAACUGCAUGGGGAAAAAAGGAUGGACAAGAGUGAUAAUAGAAAAACCUUUUGGCCGCGACUUACAAUCGUCCAACAAACUCUCGAAUCACCUAAGUCACCUGUUCACGGAACAGCAAAUUUAUAGAAUAGAUCAUUAUUUAGGAAAAGAAAUGGUACAAAAUUUGAUGACGCUUAGAUUCGGUAAUAGAAUAUUCAAUCCCACAUGGAACAGAGACAACAUAGCUUCGAUACAAAUAAGUUUUAAAGAACCAUUCGGUACUCAAGGAAGGGGCGGAUAUUUCGACGAGUUUGGGAUCAUUCGGGAUAUUAUGCAGAAUCAUCUUCUACAAAUUUUAACGUUGGUAGCAAUGGAAAAACCUGCCUCGUGCCAACCGGACGAUAUUAGGAAUGAAAAAGUAAAGGUUCUAAAAAGCAUUCAAGUGAUCCAACCGAAAGAUGUCGUCCUCGGCCAAUACGUAGGAAAUCCUGAAGGAGAAGGCGACGCCAAAAUGGGAUAUCUCGAAGAUCCCACUGUACCUAAAGAUUCCGUUACUCCCACUUAUGCUCUAGCCGUGUUGCGAAUCAACAAUGAGCGAUGGGAUGGUGUGCCCUUUGUACUUAAAUGUGGAAAAGCGUUAAAUGAACGCAAAGCGGAAGUACGGAUACAAUUUAGAGAUGUUCCGGGAGAUAUUUUCGAUGCUAAACCGAAAAGAAACGAAUUGGUUAUCCGUGUCCAACCUGGAGAAGCUUUGUAUGUCAAACUGAUGGUCAAAACUCCCGGUAUGGCUUUCGAUAUGGAAGAAACCGAAUUGGAUUUAACAUACGGAAGCAGAUAUUCGAAUGUGAAACUGCCCGAUGCCUACGAACGUUUAAUUUUGGACGUUUUCUGCGGAUCGCAAAUGCACUUUGUCCGAUCUGACGAGUUGAGCGAAGCUUGGAGGAUAUUCACUCCUUUGUUGCAUCAAGUUGAAAAAGACAAAGUAAAACCUAUUCCAUACGUAUAUGGAAGCAGAGGUCCCAAGGAAGCAGAUGAACUGUUAAUUAAUAACAACUUUUGCUAUACAGGAUCGUACAAAUGGAAGCCGAAUCAUUAAAGAUGCGAUCAAAAAUUUUUAAUUUACGUUUCAAAGAAAAUUGUUGACAAUAAAGAUUUUUUUUAGAAAUUUGUUAUUUAUGUUUAGAC